AUGGAGACAGUCUUCUCACCGGACGCAGUCGCCCCUUUUGUGUUAGCUAUCGGUCCAUAUCAUCAGGCAAUCAAAGCAAAUGGCCUCGUGUUUCUCUCAGGUCAAAUUCCUGCGGAUCCCAAUGGAAAACUCAUCGAGGGUACUGCUACUGAAAAAGCUCAUGUAAUGUGCCGGAAUGCCCGCGCCGUGCUCGGAGCCGCUGGCUCCGGCCUGGACAAGGUGGUAAAGGUUACGAGCGCCCAGAUCUUCUUCAAGGACUUCAGAGAUUACAAGGCGGUAAAUGAUGUGUACGCCGAAUACUUCCCACACGGUCCUGCCCGCUCCUCAUGUGAGGCCAAAAAGCUCCCGGCUGGUGCUUCUAUCGAAAUGGACAUCAUUGCUUUGCAGUAA